ACAUUGCAAUCCUGGGCACGGACAUCGAUGUGCAAACCGUGGAGGACAACGUCCUCAGCUUGGAGAUGGUGUUCAAAUCGUGGCUGCACGACCACAGCACCGAGAGAGAGCACCUCCACCUCCUCCUGCCCUCAGGAGGCCUCGGCCCCGCCGCCGCACCCAGGGCCACGCUAAUGUGCCUGAAGUGUGACCUGCAGGAGAGGUUGCUGGACCCUGCUCUACUCUCUGGGGCGGCCGACGGCACCGUGAGAGCAGCAGACCCGAACGCACCCGGCCAGAUGGCGGCCUGGCCAACCACAGUGCUGCACAAACUCCAGGUUGUCAAGGCGCUGAAGUCCGAGGGGGUCUGCGAGUCUGUGCUGUACGGGCUGCCUCUCAUCAUCAAGGCCACAAGCUGCUGGCAGCUGGACUGGGAUGAACUGGAGAUCAACCAGUACAGCUUCCACGCUCUGUGCCACAGCCUGCUGAAAAGGAAGUGGAUGCUUCUGGCCAAGCGCGAGCCACAGAACCCCAGUCCAAACUGGAGCGUCCUUGUGCACUCCUACUACGUCAUCAUCCCCUCCGACUCCGCCACGCUGCUCGUCAAGGCAGUGGCCAUCAGGGAGCUCUUGCUGCCCUCAGCCUUCCCCGCCCUCCUCACCGAGCACCCCGAGAGCGUGCGUGGCCCCAUGGAGAGCGCCCUGAACAGCUUGGAAGUGGAAGUUGCUUACAACCCCCUGCACCUAAAAAGCAAUCUCUACAAGUACCUGAGGAGCGUGUUGUACAAACCUCUGCAGAGGCAGCAGGCCCAGCCCAGGGACCAGCGACCGGAGCGGCACCAGCCCAAGCAGCAGCAGAGCAGAGCCAAAGCCACAGUGGCU